GCGCGCCAGACGCGCAAAGCCAAUCCGCAUUCUAUGGGCCCGAUUUUUCCUCGCUUUUUGGGCGCCCCCCGUGGCGCCCGGAUCGGCCUCAUAGCAUGGGGGCUGGCUUUCGGAAAGGAAUUUCGAAAAUUUGUCAAAAUUUGCGACGCUUAUCAGGCGGCCGCCAUACCGUGUGGCCUAGCGUUACUCUCGGCGGUAUGGCGGGCCCAGAAAAAUCAAAGCCGCGACCAAGGCGGCGACCGGCAAGAAAACGCCCACGACCUCACUACCUCCGCCCCGGCGGCUAUAUUUGGUACCUGUUUGCAAAUGCAGCCCUCGGAUCUUGCAGUCGCGAUGAAGCUGCAAUAUCACAUAGCAUUCAGCCCCAUUGAUUUGAAUCGAUACCGCCUUAAUUUUUGCUUUUAUACGGUUACUCCUAUGUUGCGUAUUCAAUCUUCAUCUUAUUGUAGCAUUGAAAUUUGGAAGUUUUCGGAUAAAAUGUAAUUGGGUAAUUUUCAUGUGUACAAAGAUCGUCUAUGCUUUCGCGUCUAUUCUAGGCUAAAUUUGGCCGCACAAUCCGUUGUAUGAUUCUGAUUACGGCAUUAAGCGCAUCGCUUCAAUAUUUCAAUGUGUAAUUAAUGGCAUGGAGGCAUCAAGCGGCGCUACUUGUUUAAGGAGCUGAUCUUGAAUUUAUAUAUUUGAUUCUGAUCACGAUCGCAAAAGCACUUGAGUAGUUGAAUGAAGAUUGUUAGUAUCGUUCUGAAUGAUAGAAA